AUGGAGUCAAUAUCCAGCCUGUUAACUGUGGUAAUCACCACGUCGCCAACACCUUCAAGUCCGUCUACUGAACUAAUCUCAUCAGUGAUAGAAUCAUUUCGGUUGCAUUGUCCUGAAUUGGCCGCGACGCGGGUGAUCGUGGUCUUUGACACUUUUGACCGGAUCGCUGCCCAGAACCGUUUAAAAAGUGGAUCCGCGUCGCUGGAGGUAGCGCAGCACUACAGUGCUUACAAGGAGAAUGUCAAGUCGCUUGUCUUACGCGAGUAUCUGAAUGAUAGCGAGCAUGAACAUGAUCUCCAACAAGCUACGGCUACAGCGGAGUUCGGCUCGCCAAAUGAUGAGAACAACAGCGUUGAGCUGUCCAUAAUUCAUACGCCGGAUAGGCACGUCACAUUCAUUGAACCAGUCGCGAGGUUAGGAUUCGGCCUUGCCGUCCGCUCUGCCCUACGUGUUGUCGAAACACCAUACGUCUGGGUCCAACAGCACGACUGGGCCCUGGUAGCCGAUAUCCCUCUGCAACCAUUACUAGAAGUAAUGCGCUCCUCCUCAGCAGAGGCAAACACAGACACCCCCAAACCCAUAAAAUACAUAUCCUUCCCCUCAAUCCGCAUGCUGCGCUACGCCAUAUCAGACUGCGUCAACAGCUACCCCGCCCUUCGAACCCUGACCGCCACACUGAAAGACGACUUCCCAUCAUCAUCGCAACCAGAUGUUAGAGUCCCACUGACGCCGCUGUUCUUCUGGUUCGAUAAGCCGCAUCUCGCGUCUACGGAGCAUUACCUGUCAAGAGUGUUUCCUACACGUCUGGCGAUGCGUAGGGGCGAAUUUAUUGAGGAUAAGAUUGGGCAGAGGGCGAGGGGGCAGAUGAAGGAUGGGGAGUGGGGGAAGUGGGCUACUUGGCUUUAUUAUCCGGAUGAGGGGAGGGAGCUGUGUUUGAGGCAUUUGAUGGGGAGGACUCGGAGGGGUGGGGAGGGGGGUUUGGUGGGGAAGUAUCACAAAGGGACGUGA